UAUUCUUCUUCAAUGCGAGUCCUCGAAAAUCUUGUGAAGUGUGUGCACGCCUAGCCUGCUUUUGUCUGCAGGGCCAAUCCUCUCUUUCUCUCAUCAUAUUUCCCCAACGACCUUACUAUUGAUAAAACUCCGAAAUUACCUUUGCAAGUCUAUAGGCGGAUGCCACAAGCGCAAUAACACCGCAACUCGAAUAAAAAAAAUGUACACUCGGCAGAAGUAAACGAAAAUGUUCAAGAACACGUUUCAAAGUGGCUUUCUGUCAAUUCUCUACAGCAUAGGCAGCAAACCGUUGCAAAUUUGGGACAAAAAAGUUAGAAAUGGACACAUCAAAAGAAUCACAGACAAUGACAUUCAGAGCUUGGUUCUGGAAAUCCUGGGCAGCAACGUCAGUACAACGUACAUCACGUGUCCUGCAGAUCCCAGAAAGACCCUGGGGAUAAAACUGCCUUUUCUGGUUAUGAUUAUUAAAAAUUUGAAAAAGUACUUUACCUUCGAAGUGCAAAUUAUUGAUGAUAAAAAUGUAAGAAGACGUUUCAGAGCAAGUAACUACCAAUCCACGACCAGAGUAAAACCAUUUAUUUGCACAAUGCCAAUGAGACUUGAUGAUGGUUGGAAUCAAAUACAAUUCAACUUGGCUGAUUUCACGCGAAGAGCGUAUGGAACAAAUUAUGUAGAAACUCUAAGGGUGCAAAUUCAUGCAAAUUGUAGGAUUAGAAGGGUUUACUUUUCUGAUCGAUUGUACUCUGAAGAUGAGUUACCAGCAGAAUUCAAAUUAUUCUUACCUAUUCAGAAUAAGGUCAAGUGUUAAUGAAUAACAAUUAUUUUAGUGCUCUAAAUUGGUUUCAAAUAAAAAAUAUAGUUAAAUUA